AUGAACCAGGCUCACCCGGACGAGCAUGAGCGCGAUGGGGAAGACGAGGACUUCGACUAUCUAAGCCAGUCAAAUGCUCCACUCUUGAAUGAGGGUUCUGCUGGUUCUCCCCGAAGACACAAGUCUGGCGGCUAUGCCCUAACGCCUAAGGGGAGGUUACGGGCAUACUGGCUCGGGAUAGUGGUCUGCUUGGGUGGCUUUCUGUGCGGCGUCCUCACCCUGUCAUCAUUUGAGAACGACUUCCGCUAUGCUAGGGAUGAGGCAACAUACGUCUCGUCCCUCGCGGUCGGUCUGCAACAGCUCGGUGCAUUCGCAGCCUGCUUUGCCAUCUGGCCUAUCACCCACAAGCUCGGCCGCAGGCUGGCCAUUGUCAUCUGCUCGAUCAUGUUCAUCUUUGGCUCACUCAUCCAGACUGUUAACACCCACAGCACAUCCGCCUUCUUCUUCGGCCGUGUGGUUGCCGGGGUAGGACUUGGAGGGUCGUCAGUCGUAGUCCCGAUGUACUCGACCGAGAUGACGCCAAAAGAUAUCAGAGGGCAGAUUGGCUCCUUAUACCAGCUGAUGUUCACGUUUGGCAUCUUCACAAGCUACUGGAUCGAUUAUGGCAUGGCGAGGAGCGUCUCGAACACAAGCUCCGCACAAUGGCAGAUUCCUGUGGGCUUACAGAUGCUCUUCGCGGCUCUUCUGGGUAUCGGCACGCUUACACUGAAGGAGAGCGUCAGAUGGCUGACGCAGAACGGUCGCCACAAAGAAGCGUGGGAAAGCUUGAAGUGGAUUCGUGCGAGUGAUGGACGUGAUGUGCAGGCGGAGAUGGAUGAGAUCCGGUCUGGUGUGGAGCGUGAGGCUCAUGCUAGGCAAGGCUUCCAGCUGAAAGAGAUGCUUCAAAGAGGGAAUGCAAGUCGCACCGUGACCGGCAUCGCUGUCUUUGCGGCGCAACAGGCUACCGGCGCGACAGCAUUUGCCUACUUCGGACCACAGUACUUCAAGCUUCUGGUCGGCGACAAAGGCAAUUCGGACCUACUCCUGACUGCAAUUUUCGGUGCCGUCAAGGUCGUUGCUUGCCUAGCGUUCGUUCUGUUUGUGGCGGACAGCGUUGGUCGCAAGGCUAUUCUGACAGGUGGCGCCCUGUUUAUGGCCGCCUGUCAGAUGACCACAGCUGUCGUCGUCAAGACGUAUCCUGCUGAUCCCGAAGAGGACCUGACCCGCUCUGGCGUUGCUACCGUGGGACUUAUCUAUCUGUUUGUGAUUGCUUACAACUUCUCUUGGGGACCUUUGGUGUGGCCCUACGUGUCAGAGGUGAUGUCCCUCACCACCAUCUUCCCAGCACGAACUCGUGAACCAGGAGUGGCUUUGGGAGUUGCUUCGCAAUGGGCGGGCAAUCUGAUCUUCUCGCUCACCACGCCGUACAUGAUCAAACAUCUUGGAUGGGGCACGUUCCUGCUAUGGGGACUCUUCGACGUUGUCAUCGCGGCAUACAGCUGGUACGGCUUGCUGGAGACACAGGGCAAGUCGCUGGAAGAGAUUACACAAUCACAUGGCGAUCGUGGAGUUGAUAAGAACCUGGAGGAUUAA